GUCACGUGAUCUCUAGCUGGGCGACUCCGCCAAACCUCCCGAAAUUUCAGCUGAAAAUCUUACCCAGCCAAUUCAUCCAAUGCAUAGUUCUCCUUUCUUCUUCGAUAAUUGCGCUCAAUUUCUAUUUUUACCUUUUUGUGUUUUCGUUCUAGUGCUAUUGUGCUAUUUUUCCUUCAAAAAAAUUCCCGUAUGUGUUCAUUCCGGCCUGAAAAACCCUAGAAAGGUCCUUUGAAUCUGUUCGUCGAUGCUUGCUUGUAUUAACGUGCUCAUUGAUAAACGCAUUUAAAGGUAAAUUUUAGUUCGUCGUUUUCCAAUUUAUACAUGGGGCCUAUUUCGAAGGACUGUUAUUUUCAUUAAAUUAUUUGAUUCUUUAUCGUGGAAUUUGUUGGUUGUUUGGCCGACAGGUCAAAGGUUUACCUCCCUCUAGAUUUGUGCCCGCAUAUUCCCCCAGUUUCUGUGAUGUCUUGCAUCUCUAGGUUUUGGGUGCUUGAUAAAGAAGUUUUGUUAGGUUUGCCAGUUCAAGUAGCAUUUAGCAUAAUUCUUGCCAAGUUUCUUUACCUUCUUCGCCCGAAAUAAAUUAUGAAUUUAGCAGUUUUUGAUAUAGUUUGCUUAAAUAUAGGAUUUUUCAAAUCCUGAUACUAUUCGGAUUCAAGAGAUUCAUUAUUGUUCAGUCUGUCACCGGAAAGGGUGGAAUUUUUCUGUCUGUGAUGGACCCUACCCAUGGGAGUUUCUCUUCUUUCAUAAACCAAUAUGGAUCCAUGUUGGUGAAUACGCAAUUGAUACGGCAUUUAUGUAGCCCCAGGGAGAGUAUUGCUGUUAUUCUUGGAGUGAUUAGUGUGAUUAGUUGGGGAAUUGCUGAAGUACCUCAGAUUAUCACAACUUAUAGAGAGAAAUCAACUGAGGGCUUUUCUGUUGGCUUCUUGAUGGCAUGGAUUGUUGGGGAUAUUUUCAACAUUGUCGGCUGUCUCCUGGAGCCCGCAACUUUGCCAACCCAAUUUUAUAUGGCAUUGUUGUACACAGCAACAACAGCAAUCUUGACAGCACAGACAGUAUAUUAUAGUUGUCCUGACCAUCGGCUGAAAGCAGGCAAAGUUUGUCGGCCCGAGAAGACUGACGAGAUUGAGUACAAUACAAAGGAGAAGCUCAUAGGGAAGAACAGUGAUGAGAAAGAGUCGAAAUUGCAUGAAUAUAAAGGUUCUAACUCUUUACUGGCAGGAUUUAAUGUGCCAAGCUCACCAAUUUCUGUAGCUAGUCCAAUUGUUAGCUACGGUUCCACUGGGAGAGACUUGUAUUAUAGGUCAGCGCGUUCUUUGUCAACAAGUCCAAUGCCCAAUUUAGGCUCAUGGUUGACACAUGUUCGAGAUCCAUACAAAACACCUCCAAAUGGAAUGCCAAAUAUUCUCACUGACGAUGUGGAUUCAUCUUCAGAACCCUUGCUUUGCAGUCCGUCUUCUCCACAUGAUGCACAACCUUUGGUCGUUAAAAAUACGCUUUGUGUGGUUUCUUCAGCUGCCUUUUUCCUUGGUAUCUAUGUUCUAAAACUUCCAUCAAAUAGUGUAUUUGAUACAAAACCGCAGGGAUUGGUGAUUCCAGUUGGCAGAAAACUUUUGCAGCACUAUGCAGUGGAAUCAUUGCUUGGCGAGCAUUUUGAAGGCAGUGGAAUAGGAACUUUCUUAGGUUGGGCAAUGGCAGCCAUUUAUAUGGGUGGCAGACUUCCUCAGAUCUGGUUGAAUAUUAGACGAGGAAAUGUUGAGGGUUUAAGUCCCUUUAUGUUUAUAUUCGCCCUUGUGGGAAAUUCAACAUAUGUUGGGAGUAUACUUGCAAACAGCUUAGAAUGGUCUGCGAUCAGACCCAAUCUACCAUGGUUAGUUGAUGCUGGAGGAUGCGUGCUUCUUGAUGCUUUUAUCCUUGUUCAAUUUAUCUAUUUUAAUUACCGGAAAGCCGCCUGGAAAGCUGCUGUUGUUGAAAGCUUCUACGGUGAAUCGGCUACUGCUUAAGAGUGAACAUUUUCAGAACAGUUUGUAGCAGUCCUUAAGGUAA